AUGAGUUCGAUUGAGGAGCUAAAAAUCGUACGGCUCUAUCGUGCCUACAACACUGCAAUUCAGAUGUGCAUGGAUCGUGGCUACACAGUGCGCCAUCCCUCUGCCGUCGCGCAGGCUGUUCGCGACCCUUCUGUGUACAGCUACGAACACGGACUGGACUAUGAUUGGUUCCUUCAACGUUUUGUGACUCAGCGGGCCGCGGCCUCCGGGGCUGAGAGGGCAGAGGAGGAUGAGGACGACAAGGUGAGGGUGCCGACAAAUCAAAACAAACUGUUGGAGGAAAACAAAAAACGUAUCCCGAUGCGUGGUGCCAUGCGGCUUGUUUGCAGUGCUGAGUUAGACGGUGCGACGGAUGAUGAGGAGGUUUCAUUGAGUAAACGAGGAGAAAAAAAGGGGAGUUUAAUGCUUGUUUUUUUCUCGGCGUCGCCGUCACUUAGCAUGAGUGAGCUGCAGGAGUGUCGCGAGAAGGCUCUGCUGAAAGAGGCCAAUUGCAUGGUGGUUGUAUCCGCCGGAAAAAUACCUCCGAUGGUUCGUCGUGGUGCACGCGAGCUGAGUGGAUUUCUCCGCGCUGGCACAGGCGAGGAAAUUAUGUCGAUUCAACUAUUAGAGGAGGAUGAACUCGCUUACAACAUUGCACGUCACGAAACAGUGCCCCAGCAUGAGGUGCUUUCCCCUGAAGAGGCGCAGUUGUUUCUUCAGCAGCGUCAGAUUUCUCUCUCCCAGUUACCUCGCAUCCUAAAAGAAGACCCUAUGGUGGCAUACUUGGGUCUUGCACGUGGAAGCAUUGUGAAGAUACAUCGCGACACAAAAGAAAGUGGUCCCUAUGAGAUGUAUCGACAGGUCAUUUAG